CGCCCCUCCCCGGGUGGCCAGCCGGCGUCCCGUCGGGCGCCACGCGGGGUCAGCGCGGGGUCAGCGUGGGGUCAGAGGGCCAGGCGCGCUGCGGUUCCGCCGGCUCUUCGGCUCCCCGGCUCCGCGGCCCGGCCGGGCGGGCGCAAGGCAGGAUGUACACGCUGCUGUCAGGCCUGUACAAGUACAUGUUCCAGAAGGAUGAGUACUGCAUUCUGAUCUUGGGUCUGGACAACGCCGGGAAGACGACCUUCUUGGAGCAGUCAAAAACCCGGUUCAACAAGAACUACAAGGGGAUGAGUCUGUCCAAAAUCACUACCACUGUGGGCCUAAACAGAAGCACCCCAGAAGGGUCUUCCAGCUGGGGGCUGCCUCAAGGUGGCCAGGUGCCCGCGGCUCAGCACCCCGUUCUGCUCCCGCCCAGUACUACGCGGAGUGCCACGGCGUCAUCUACGUCAUCGACUCCACGGAUGAGGAGCGGCUGUCCGAGUCCAAGCGAGCAUUCGAGAAGAUGGUCACAAGCGAGGCGCUGGACGGUGUCCCCAUCCUGGUGCUGGCCAACAAGCAGGACAUUGAGACUUGCCUCUCCAUCCCCGACAUCAAGACUGUGUUCAGCGACUGCGCCUCCAAGAUCGGCAGGCGCGACUGCCUGACCCAGGCCUGCUCGGCCCUCACGGGUAAGGGGGUGCGCGAGGGCAUCGAGUGGAUGGUGAAGUGCGUCGUGCGGAACGUGCACCGGCCGCCGCGGCAGCGGGACAUAACAUAGGAGCAGCCGGCCCAGAGCGCCCGCCGCUCGUCCUGAAGAGCUCCUGCUGAUUCCGCCGCUGAUCCCCCCGGGGGCUGGGUUGGCUUUGCCUUGUGGUGGUUCUACUUGCUUUGUUUUUCUUCUAAGACAAACUUUUCUCUGUAUCCAGAAAAGCGUAGGCAUCCAGAGGCUUCUUCUGCCGAGGGGAGCUGGGGUGGCAGGGACCCCACCAGACCCUCACAUCGGGCCUGGGCCCCGCCCCCAAGGCCCAGUUUUGGGGUCCCGGGGUGAGGCCUUGGCAGGCCACCACUCCCUUUGGAGCUGCUGCUCCAGCAGUCCUGCCGGCCUGGACCCUCGUGGGGCCUUGUGGGGCAGCUGCUUGGAACUGGGUUUUUCCAGAGGUGUGGGGCCUUUCACAGCGCCCAGGGCUACAUCAUGCCCACGGAGGGGGCCGGGGGGCCAUGGCUGUCCUCAGCCUCUGUCUCCUCUGAUCCUGGAGGCGGACUGGGGGGCUGGUGUCAGCUUCAGGAAGACCUGGGCUUGCCUCCGUCCCUGUCCUGAUGCAGCCUCAGGACAGGGCAGGGGAGACCUGCCUGGGAGGCUGUGUGCCCCCUCCACUGGCCCAGCCACCUUGUUUUGAUCCCCAGCAAGGACGGUAAAGCUAGGCGGUUGUGCUGGGAGUGGGCAUCACCCCACCCCCCACCCCCCGCAAGCCUGCCUGCCACCCACCUAGGAUGACCACAGUUACCACCUCUGGGGUGGGCUGGUGGCGUGCUGGGCCUGCGCUUCCAGCUGGCGGUGAAGGGCGGGGUCCCCCUCAGGGCUGGGGUGAGCCAUCUAGAAAGCCCUUUCCAGGCCUGUGUCCAGGAGCAGAGGCCCUCCAGGCAAGACUGGUCCUCAGGACCCUCCCACACGGCCCCUGCAGGAGCUGCCAACCCCCCAUGAGCCUAGCUGUGGGUGAAAUAAAGACAGUUGGAGUGGCUCCUGUCCACUGUUCCUCCA